AUGAUGUUUAUGUGUGUUCAUGUCCUUUCUCCCCCAGGUCAUGGGGGUCUUAAUCAACUAGGCGGCAUGUUUGUGAACGGACGCCCGCUCCCGGAGGUCAUCCGGCAGAGGAUCGUGGACAUGGCACACCAGGGAGUGAGACCCUGCGACAUCUCUCGCCAGCUGAGGGUCAGCCACGGCUGCGUCAGCAAGAUCCUGGGCAGGUACUAUGAGACGGGCAGCAUUAAACCAGGAGUCAUCGGGGGCUCCAAGCCGAAAGUGGCGACUCCUAAAGUGGUGGAGAAGAUAGCGGAGUACAAGCGGCAGAACCCCACCAUGUUUGCGUGGGAGAUACGAGACCGGCUGCUGGCCGAGGGUGCUUGUGACGGCGACACCGUGCCCAGCGUCAGCUCCAUCAACAGGAUUAUUCGCACAAAAGUUCAACAGCCAUUCAACCUUCCUCUGGACAGCAAAGGCCUCAGUCCUGGACAUACGCUGAGCGAUCAGGAGAGCUGUCGGCACAGCGUGGACUCUCAGGGCAGCGGCGGCGGGCCCCGGAAACAGCUGAGGGCCGAACACUUCUCAUCCCAGCGCCUGGACUGCGGCUUCGAACGGCACCACUACAGCUCCGACACGUUCGGCCCGACCACGGCCGGGAAAACAGAGCAGGCGCUCUAUCCUCUCUCACUCAUCAACGGCAGUCUGGACGAGGCUAAAGGAGCUUCAGCUGUCAGUCGAAACCUGGCGGCUCAUCAGGGAUACACAGUGGUUGCAGAAGCUCUACAGCCCCUCCCACUCUGUCUGAAACAGGAAAUGUCACCCGAGGUAAACAGCUCAAGCCCCUCCCCCAAAAUCAUCGCUAAUGCAGCUUUCCUGGAGCUCACCUUGUCAUCAGCACCCAUCGCUAACAGCUGCAGCAACGCCACUCAUUUAUCUCAUGGCUUCCAAUCAUUUUCCCAUCAUGCCCCAGUGCACGGGCAGUUCGGCAGCCCGCCGCUCAUCGCAGGCAGAGAUCUGGGGAGCUCAAUUCUGCCCGGUUAUCCUCCACACAUCCCCUCGGCCGCGCAGACCGGCUUCUCCUCCUCCACCAUCACUGGGAUGGUAGCAGGUCCAGAAUACACGGGCCAGACCUACAGCCACGCGCCCUACACGUCCUACAGUGACGCCUGGAGAUUCACCAACUCCAGCAUAUUAGGUACGUCCAGCAGUCUCUCUGAGCACUUUCACUUCUCUCUGUUUGGCAAAUGUGGGCAUCCACACGUGGUUAUGGUUGUCUAG